UCGGUUUAUUUUGGCGGGGGAAGGGGGCAGCGCUUCCCCCUGUGGCCGUUCUUUGCUCCGGGAGGGGUUCCGUGUUCACAGGUAAAACUUUGCCAUUGACGACCACAGCCAUGUUGGCAGCAAGGUUGGUGUGCCUUCGGGCUCUCCCUUGCCUACGGCCUGGACACCUUCAGGCUUCACCUGCACUGAGAAAUUCUGCUCUAAAGACACAACAUUGGCUCUUGCAGCCUUCUAAGGGAUAUGCCUCCAAAGCCAGGUUUGGUGUACGCAAGGGGAGAACUGGUCAAGAAAUUAAGGAAGCGGCUUUUGAACCAUCAAUGGAGAAAGUGUUAAAAGUUGAUCGAAUGGGGAGAUGGAUUGUCGCUGGAGGUGCUGCUGUCGGCCUUGGGGCUGUUUGUUACUACGGAUUGGGGAUGUCCAACGAGAUAGGAGCCAUUGAAAAGGCUAUUAUCUGGCCGCAGUAUGUGAAAGACAGAAUCCGUUCCACCUACAUGUAUUUUGCAGGAAGUGUUGGUUUGACAGCAUUGUCUGCUGUUUUAGUUAGCAGAUCUCCAGCCCUCAUGGGUCUCAUGAUGAGGGGGUCUUGGCUGGCAAUGGGUGCGACAUUUGCUGCGAUGAUUGGUGCUGGAAUGCUGGUUAGAUCAAUAGAUUAUGAACAGAGCCCUGUCCCUAAACAUCUGGCUUGGAUGCUGCAUGCAGGUGUCAUGGGUGCCAUUGUGGCUCCCCUCACUCUACUGGGUGGCCCCCUGCUCAUUCGAGCUGCUUGGUACACAGCAGGAAUCGUUGGUGGUCUCUCGACUGUGGCUAUGUGCGCACCGAGUGAGAAGUUUCUGAACAUGGGAGCACCACUGGGAGUGGGCUUUGGCCUCGUGCUUGCUUCUUCCCUUGGAUCGAUGUUCUUUCCUCCUACGACUGCUUUUGGCGCUGGCCUCUAUUCCGUCGCUGUUUACGGUGGCUUGGUACUUUUCAGCCUGUUCCUGCUCUAUGACACCCAGAAAGUCGUACACCGUGCAGAAACUCAACCACUGUAUGGUGUAGGGCUGCAAAAGUAUGACCCCAUCAACAUGUGUAUGGGUAUAUACAUGGAUACUCUAAACAUCUUCAUCAGAGUCGCCACCAUGCUUGCUACCGGCAGUGGCAACAGGAGAAAAUAAGCCACGGCUUCCUUCCUCAGACUGAACUGAUAGCUCACCAAAAACUUUGGCUUGUCUGAUCAGCGCAUAAUAUCUCCUAAAAUGGCCGCUGGGUUGGGUUUCAUGUAGCAGUCAGAUAUUCCUAGCACUUCCACGUGACCUUUUAAGGUGUUUUCGGAGUAAUGUGAUUUGGAUCUUAACACUGAAGUGGAAAGUAGAUUGCUGCAUGCCAUUAAAUCAUUUCUCCCUGAUUUUGGGGGGGUUUGGAAAUGUGUAAGAAGUUUAUUUUAAAAUAUGUAGAUUUGUAGCCGGUGUAAGUUUAAUUUCCUUCUCUUAAAAGGUGAAGUUGUGGUCUUACUCCGUAUAUAGGAGCAUACCCAAAGGGCACUGCAUUUAAACUAAAAUUAACGUCAAAGGGAGCUGUAUUUGGAAGUUAUUUGCAACAGAUUAUGCUCCACGGCAUACUCUUUGGUGGUAACUGAAUGUAGCAUACUCGGGACUGAUAACAGAAAUGGCUAAUAAAAUAAAAUCUCUAAAAGGAUAUUUGUUAGGAUCCUCUUUGCAUUUCCCUUGCAGAGAAUCGGGGAACUUACCAGCAGGCUAUAUUGUAUUUGUACUACUGUCGCACAAAUGCCAUCAGCUAAAUGUUGCCUCUCUUUGAAGAAAUUGCGGAAGCAAUGCUGAAGUGUAGGUUAACUCAAGAGUUGCUUUUCGCUAUCGCUAACAGCAAGGGUAAAGGAAUCCAUUUGAACAUUUCUGACCUGCAUUUUCCUUUGAAGUCAAACUGGGACACAAUUUUAACUUUGAAACCCGCAUCCCUCUCUUCCAGGCUCAAAAUGUUACCUAUCAACUGGCAGUUUAUUUUGAUAUUUAUCUAAAGACGUGUGGCCUCCUUUACAGAACACUGAUUUCUAAAAGAUGUCUAAUUCAAGAGCCACACAUCUGAAAAGAAUUUGUUUUAAAGCUGGGAAAGCAGAUGUUUGUGAAUUCAUUAAUCAGACGGAACAGAAGUUAUUUUGGAAAUUGCUGGACCUCUUGGUUACCGUAGUACUCUUCUAUUAUUUUUAAGUAUUGUGGCACAGCAAUUCAGUAACUUUAUUUUCCAUCCGCUUUUGCCAUUUGUUCUUGUACCAGCUUCUGAAACAAUAAAGUCUUAGCCGAGAAAUUUA